AUGGUUUCAAGUGAAGCCGAUCAGUAUAGUGGGAUCAUCCGGUUACUUCUUCAUUUUGGAUGGCAUUGGGUGGGCCUCUUUGCUGUGGAUGAUGAUACUGGAGAACAUUUCUUGCAGUUGCUGGAGUCCUUGUUUGCUCAGAAUGGGAUCUGUUCAGCAUUCACCCAAGGAAUCCCCAAAAAAUCCUUUUGGCAUUCUGAACAUGAAAUGAACAUUUUCGCUUUGAAUAUUUAUCAACAUUUCACAAACAGCAAAGCUAGAACAUUCAUCCUCUAUGGAGAAACGAUGACCAUAAUAUGGCUGAGUGCUGUUGUGGUCCUUGUAGUUCCUGAAGGUAUGGAACUUGCGUCUCUAGGGAAAGUUUGGAUUGUGACAGCCCAGAUUGAUUUUGCUGUGGCAAGUCUCCAAAAGGGCUUGGAUUUCAGGUUGUUCCAAGGCGCUAUUUCCUUCACAAUCCACUCAGUCGAGCUUCCAGGAUUUCAGCAAUUUCUUCAGAUUGUAAAACCUUACUGGACAGAAGGAGAUAGUUUUCUCAAAGACUUCUGGGAACAAGUCUUUGACUGUUCGUUUUCAGAUCACCAGGAAUCAGCAAGGGUUUAUGAAACAUGUACUGGUGAAGAGAUGUUGGAAAGCCUCCCAGGACAACUUUUUGAAAUGAGCAUGACUGGCCACAGCUAUGGUAUAUAUAAUGCCGUGUAUGCGGUGGCACAUGCUUUGCAUGCCAUGUACUCUUCUAGCUUUGGUCACAGAGAAAUAGUGGGUGGUAAAGAAAUUCAGCAUCUGCAGCCUUGGCAGCUCCACCCAUUUUUGCAAGGCAUUUCAUUUAACAAUUCAGUUGGAGAGACAGUGUCCUUUAAUGAGAAACGAGAAAUGGGAGCUGGAUUUGAUGUAGUGAACCUGGUCACAUUCCCAAACAAAUCUUUCUUUAAAAUGAAAGUCGGAAUGGUGGAUCCCACUGCGCUCAAAGGACAAGAAUUUGUCAUCGAGGAUGAUACCAUUUUGUGGCACAGGGAUUUCAACCAGGUGUUGCCUGUUUCUUUAUGUAGUGACUCCUGCCAGCCAGGGUAUCAGAAGAAAAAGAAAGAGCAGGAGAAAUUUUGCUGCUAUGAUUGUGCUCGAUGCCCGGCAGGAAAAAUGUCAAACCAGAAAGAUAUGGAUGAUUGUAUCAAAUGCCCAGAAGACCAAUAUCCAAGCUCAGACCAAGAUCAAUGUCUUCACAAAGCAAUAACCUUUCUAUCUUAUGGAGAACUUUUAGGGAUCAGUUUAGCCUCACUUGCAGUUUUGUUUACCAUAAUCACAGCUUUGGUAUUAGGAACGUUUAUUAAGCACAAACAUACUCCUAUUGUCAGAGCCAACAACCGAGAUAUCACCUACAUUCUUCUGGUCUCUCUCUUGCUCUGCUUCCUCUCUUCUUUGCUAUUCCUUGGCCAACCGAGGAAGGUGACCUGCUUUCUCCGACAGUCUGCAUUCAGUACCAUCUUCUCUUUGGCUGUUUCUUGUGUGUUGGCCAAAACCAUCACUGUGGUUGUAGCUUUCAUGGCCACCAGACCAGGGUCCAGCACGAGAAAGUGGGUGGGGAAAAGACUGACUAACUCUAUUAUCCUUUCCUGCUCCCUCAUUCAAGCAGGAAUUUGUGUGGUGUGGCUGGCAACCUCGCCGCCAUUCCCAGAUUUUGACACAUGGUCACUGACUGAAGAGAUCAUAUUAGAAUGUAAUGAGGGGUCUUUCCUCAUGUUCUAUAUUGUCCUAGGUUAUAUGGGACUUCUUUCCCUCAUCAGCUUGACUGUGGCUUUCCUAGCCAGAAAGUUGCCGGACACUUUUAAUGAAGCCAAAUUUAUCACCUUUAGUAUGCUGGUGUUUUGCAGUGUUUGGUUGUCUUUUGUUCCAACCUACCUGAGCACCAAAGGGAAAUACAUGGUCGCUGUGGAGGUCUUCUCUAUUUUGGCUUCCAGUGCAGGGCUACUGGCUUGUAUCUUUUUUCCCAAAUGCUACAUUAUUGUGCUGAGGCCUGAGCUGAACAGGAGGAAGCAGCUAAAUAGGAAAAAUAAUUAA